AUGCCCAACGCGCACUGGCAGCCCAAGGUGAUGGUCAUCCACACGGCGCUGGCCUGCCAGUGUGCGCAGCGGUUUGCCGGGAGGACGCCGCUCAUAUUCGCCGGCGACUGGAAUUUCAAGCCCGGGUCUGCGCCCUACCAGCUGGUGACCACUGGCAAUCUUCCAGAGGACCACCCAGAUCACCCAGGCUAUCCGAAAGACGAGCCCUGGCGCAUCGAGGACGGGCUGAGACCCAUGCGCAGCGCGUACGCAGAGGCGAACCCCGGCGGGGAGCCGGAGUUCACGAACUACGCCUGGGUCAGAAACGACAUCGAUCCCUUCAUCGGCACGCUGGACUACAUAUUCGUGUCGAGGGCGUCGAAGGUGACCGGCGUCGGCAAGCUGCCGAGGGUCCAGUCGUGCGGUUCGCCGCUGCCCACUGCGAAGGAGCCCUCCGACCACUUGCUGCUGAGCGCGAGGGUGCUGCCCCACGGCCAGCCACGGGAGAGGCCUGAGGACCUCGAGAAGCAGAGGCCCCGCGGCCUGUCGCGGCUGGGGGUGUCGAGGCAUUCGAAGUACGGCGUCGUUGAUGACGACACCGACGACAUCGACGAGACCGACGACGAGGCCUCGCCCGCCGCGAAGCCCGGCAAGGUCGGCAUGGGGCUCUCCAGGCCGCCGGGGGCCGGGGCCAGCUUCGGCGGAGGCAGGAGGCUCAGCAAGCCGCCGGUGCUGCGCAAGCUCAGCUCGGCGACGGCGCUCCGGGAA